GAGUAUAUUGUUCUAUUAUUUCAGGCCUGAAGGUUUGGGUGAGGUAUAUGUGAAGAUGUACAAUAGGGUACGGAAACAUAUGUACAUUCCUAAUGUGUUUGAGAUGAAAGACUCACCAAAAUUAUACCAGAGACUUGCACAGGUCAUUCUUGUACAACUUGAGUUAUUAUUAGAUAGGUGGUUAAUUGACAGAUCAAAAGCUAGUGGGUCUGCCCUCAUGUCACCGAGAAGUGCAGGUCACCAUGAUUUAUCACAGGAUGAUGUACCUGACUAUUUUAAUGAGGACAUCUGGUAUUUAACAGUACUGUGUGGCUAUAGUGAAACACUGGAAGAUAUUUGGAUAGAUCACUGUAUAAGAGUAUAUUGGUUGAAAUCCAGAUACUCUGUUUUGAGAAACAACAUGGAGGAUGCAGUACUCUACCUUGAUAUGAACAAAGAGUACCUUGAGUAUGGGAAGGAAGAAUUCAAUGUAGAAAAUUCCUAUCUUCCAAACUGCCAGAUAGACAACUUUGUGGAUCUAGAUAUAGUGGUAUCACAGCAGGAUAUGUUACAACAGACAAGAUCUGUUGAGGAAACAGAGAAGUUGUACGAGAAGAAAGACUACAAGAAGGUUGUUGAAAUUCUGGUACAGAACUUCAGUGCUGAAAAGCAAAAGAUAAUGAAGAUAACAGAAGAUAAAGCAGAGAGACAGGCACAGUUAAUUAUGUUACAGGAAGCUCUGUUUGAAACACACGAUUAUAAUAAUUGCUUAUUAUGGGGAGAGGAAGGGUUUAAUGAGUGUUAUCAGAUGUCAAGACAAGGAAGUAAAUCUGAGGAAACUAGCAGCUGGAACAAAACUAUGAUCACAAUAUUCUCAUAUCUGCAAAGGAUAUUUGAGAAGAAUGUUUCUAUAUCUGAUGCAUUAACAUCUUCAAAUAUAAUCAGGUUUUCUCAGAACUUGAUACGGUUGAUAGAUUUAAACAUGUCACUACCAGAAAGUAUGACCACGAUGGCUGUGGAUACAGUUGUACCCUGGAUAUUACUGUAUUAUAUAAUCAAACAAGAAGAGGAUAAGUUAGAAGAAGCAAGAUUGAAGGGAGAUAGUGUGGAAGAAAAAACAGAAGAAAAUAUGUCAUCAUCAUAUAUGUUACUAAAUAUAGCUCAUGAUUAUCUUGGAAGUCGUUCAUGGUGUACAAAGUCAGAUGGUGCCCUACUUCUGUUCUUUAUGUCUGUAUUGAAAAAAGCUAUGUGCAAGGAACCAGUGUCAAAAUUCCAAGAGGAGUACCAGCAAGCAUUUGAACAAUGUGUGUAUUGUCUGUUUGGUCAUCCUAACAAAAAGGGAAAGGCUAAACAUUUACAGGACCACAAUGCCAGCAAUAUAAGUUUACAAUGGGACCAUGCUGUGGAUGUGUUUGAGUAUUUCAAGCCAAAAACACUUCCAGAGUUUGAUGGAUAUAGAUCAGAAACAAUCAGUGCAGAGGUAGAGUUUUUAUUGAAGAGGAUUACUGUGUUAAUUCCUGAAAGCUGUAAAACUAUGGGUAUACCUGUUGAUGAUAUACAGAGUUAUAUAGAGGGAACAAACAGUAUAACACCUGCUAUACAAGAUGGUAGACAAGUUACACUACCUGUAGUUGAUGCUAUAUAUUACCUGUUGGCAGAUUAUUACCUCAAGAACAAAGAAGCAGUAAAAGCUAUAAAGUUUUAUAUGCAGGAUCUGUGUAUGAACCCAUGUAGACUGGACUCGUGGGCUGGUAUGGCACUGGCUAGGAUGAGUCAGCUUGACUCAAAACUGGCCUCGGCUGAAUUGAAGAUGGACCAACCUCUGUAUAAGAAAUCUAUAGCAGCCCUGAGAUGUUUUAAGCGAGCAGUUGAAAUAGAUGAUACCAAUAGUAAACUGUGGAUAGAGUACGGUACCUUGGCCUACCAGUUACAUUCACAUGCUUCUAGACAAAUCAGAUGGAAAAAAUGGUUUGCGAUGGAUGAGGAAACUGUAAAGAUAGCAGUCAACAGCAAGCGAGAAAUGUUGCAGACGGCAACUGACUGUUUCCGUAUGGCCGCUGGAUGUGACCGAGACUGGUCGGAAGAUGAAUGGCUACAUAAUUACAUGCUGGGCAAAUGUUGUGAGAAACAGAAAACAGGCAUUAAAGAUGCUGCAUCUUAUUAUUUGAAGGCCCUAGAAUGUGUUCACAAAGAGCAUGCGAAGUAUCCUAAGCGUAUUCAGUAUGCAUAUAACACACCACAUCUUGCUGUGGAAGCAUUAGAGAUGUACUACCGUCUUCAUGUGAUUAUACUGAAGCAUCUGCUGAGACAUGAAGCAGAAUCUGAGGACCACAAUUACAAGCUGUAUGUCAAAUAUAUAGUUGAAUCUGCCAACACCCCGUUUGUUAAACGUAUAGAAUUUGGACAAACUGGCAAAACUGAGAGGAGGGACUCUAUGUCAUCAGCUGAUGAAAGCUCUUGUACUGAAACCACACCCUCUAAAUCCAACCCCUCAACUGACCACACCUACUUUAGAGAAAAACAUAUUUCUGGACUUAAAUCAGUUUCAAAUCCGGUUGCUAUGGAAACAGAGAAUGUGACAGAACAGAAAUCAUUUGAUUUAGAUAAAGUGGACUUAGUAGUUCCAAGUAAGUCUGUAACGACCCUUGAAUUGCAUUCUGAAGAGCAGAAGACAGAAGUGGAUAUCACCAUGGCAACAAUAGAAAGUUCUAAAUCUCCUCAAGUGGAGAGUUUUCAGCAAAGGGAGGUAAUAACUCCUAAAAGUGAAUCUGUUGAGAGUAAAAGAGACAAAGACAGUGCUAACCAACAGAAACUUAAACAAUCACCAUUUUCUAUAUCCAGUAUUCUUGGUGAAAAGCCAAGUGAAGUGUUAAAUACUGUUGAAAAAUCCACUGAAGUUGUUAAGGUAGAAUCUGAUACAUUAGCCGGAGGGGAGAGUUUGGCAAACAGCCAAGACAGUAAAGCUUAUGAUCAGAAUGGGUCUGAACAAAUAAAUGAUGUUGAAAGAAAAUCAAAAUGUUCAGGUGCUGCAGGUGAUGGGAAUGCUGUCAAAGACGUACCCAAGCCUGACAAAGAGGACAUGAAUGAUGGUGAUACUGAAGCAGGUGUUAGGAAUGUUUUGUCUCAUAUUGAAGACUUAAUUGAGGAGAAUAUGAAGGAAGAAUGUUCUGGUAAAGCUGAUAGUGAGAAAGAGAUUGAAACAAUGACUGUUGAUGGGGAGGAUAAGUGUAACAAUGGACUGUCUACUACUGAGAAAGCUGAUACUAAAAUUGAUGAUCAGAUAAACACAUUGUUGAAGAUGUCAUUGCUGGAGCUACACCGUGAGUUAGUGGAGAGGUGUAGACAAGGUAUCAUAUUGUGUCUACAGAGGUUCCCCACCCACUACAAGUCACACUAUAGAUUGGCUUAUAUAUACAUGCAUUCACCAUACCAUAAGGAUUUGACAAAGGCCCACAAUAUCCUUUUAGGAGCCCCAAAGUGGCAGGAUAUAGCUUAUAUGCCUUGUCAAGGAUUGUUUGGUGAGCGCAAACAAACUAAAUUCUUCCAGGGCAUAUGGAAGAUUCCAAUAGAUGAGAUAGACAGAUCGGGAAGUUUCCCCUCCCACCUAAACAGAUGUAUAGGUCUGGUUCUGGAAGUUUUACGAGCUGAGAAAGACAGUCAAACAUUACACCAAGUGCAUUUACAGCUUAACAGGCAACCAGAACCUGGAAAGAAAUAUCUACGUGAUGCAGAGAAGAAAUAUUAUGCACUGACAUCACAUCGUUACACUCUUGAUGCCGUAGAACAGCAAAUUGAAGAUAUGAAGAUGGUCACUGACAUGGAAGCACGCCAGAAAUUCCUCAUGGUCGUAUACAAGAUACAUGAACAUGGAGUUCAUAAACUCAAUAAACAUGUUGAAAGGUCAAAUCGAUUGUUGGCAGAGGCUUAUAGGGUCACUCUUAGGAAGCUAGAGACUUUACCACAGAAAAUGUUCCUUGAUCAGGCUAUUAGGUACUGUAAACAGCUACUGGCACAAAAAUCCAAGAAGGCCCAGGAUUCUAAAUCCCCCGUUGGAGCAUCAUCUCCUGUGCCAGCCAGUUUUAUACCACCUUCAGAGCCUGUUGAUCUGUCUACGAAAACAGUGAAACCUCCAACUUUGAUCAGUCUUGCCAAUAUUAUGAAAAGUCAGGGAGCAAGUUACAGCAUGCAAAAAGUGGCGGAAAAAAGUACAGCUAAACCUUCGAUUGAAUGUGCAAGUACUGAUAAUAGUCAGUCAAAUAAUGACAUACCUGCAAGUGAGAAACAAUCCACUGAGAAAGGAGAUGAAUCAGAUGUUAUAGUUCUUUCUGAUAGUUCUUUAGAUUCUCCGUUGAAAAAGAAUGAUAUUGAAAGGACUAAACCUGCUUCACCAGCUUUGAAUUCCAAUGCACCUACUGUAAAAAUUAAAAUGGGUUUACUCCAGGCAGUAAAAAAAUUAAAACCAAACAAGGAAGGUGGUAUAACAAGUGGAGAUAAUGAAACCUCACAGGAUGAAGUUUUGUCGUCUGCUUUAUCUGAAGAUGAAAGUGAGGCUCCUUUCCCGUCUGCUUCAGAUGAACAAGAGGCAAAGGCUAAUUCAACAACAACUUCUUCAUCAUCAUCAUCGUCGUCAUCAUCAUCUAGUGAGAGUGGAAGUAGCAGUGAUGAAGAAAGUGAUGAUGCUAAUGAUGGUGAUGAAGAUGAUAAUGAUAAAAGUGAUGACAGUGAUGAUGAAGAGUCAAGUAGUGAUGAAAAUGAGAGUGAUGAUAAUGGAGGUUGA